AUGGAUGGAUCAGGUGGUAAAGGUGGUGUGGAGUCGAUUCUGCCAAAUCACAAGCUCGGGAAAAUUCUCGGUAUCGGCUCCUUCGGUAAGGUGAAGAUGGUUGAACACACUUUGACCGGACAUAAUGUUUCCAUGAAGAUCAUCAGUAGUAGCAAAAUCAAGAACAUGUAUAUGGAGGUAAAAGGACACUCUGAUAUACUAUCUGAUACUGUACGUUUCCGUGGCUCUGGUGGUUAUCUCAAGGCCGAGUUACAAGAGACUAUGGAAGGUACUCCAGGUAUGCAUUGCAUCCAGCAGAUAAUGUACUUUCACACAUUGGUUCCUAAUAACGCAGAUGGAAUGUUCAGUAACUUGAUGCACGAUGAUAGCUACUUUCGAGAUGACUCCAGCAUGAUAGAGGACGAUGCAGCUUGUCUAUGGCCAUUUGGAAGUGGAAUAGAAAUAAAAGUGAGUCUUGUUGAUUUCAAAGAUCAGUAUGAGAAUCUCUGGGCUUGA